AUGACAGUCACGAAGUCCAAAGAUGGCAUCCCUGCAUGGGAUGGUACUCCGUCCACUUGGUCGGAGUAUCGCAGGGCUGCCUACAUGUACGAGGAGACGGUGAAGUGGGAAAGUCGCUACCUAUGUGGUCCACGGCUGGCAGCCGAGCUGACUGGAGCGGCACGCACCGCAAUAGCGAACAAGAAGCGAGGCUGGCUCUCGUCUCAGGAUGGCGUUGGCAAGCUCCUGCGCUGCUUGAAAGAGACGAUGAGCGAGCCAGCCCUUCCGGAGAUCUCCAACCAGCUCAAGACCUACUUCAAGCUGCUGCGGCGCCGUCGCGGCGAAUCCAUGGUGUCGUUUUGUGUGAGACACCGGGAAGAGUACGCACGGACCUGCAAAGCCCUGACUCGCGUGAUGCAAGAACAAAAGUCACUUCCUGACAUGACCAGCCAGGCCUGGCACUCAGGACGAAGACAGUCGGUGUCUACGGCAAGGCCAUCCACAGGGGGGGGCUCAUCGGACCUUGCCACCGAGGGUGACACCGAGGCGACGCCCACUGAGGACUAUGAUGAGGAAGCCCAGGAUGAGACCGAAUGGACCUGGGAUGAUGCUUGGUGGUGGUCGACGUGGGAGACCACAUGGAACUGGAACCUCCAGUCCAAUACAAGCAUCGCCGAAGAAGAUGAAGAUGAUGAGGAAGAUUUCGUCGAGAUCCUGCCGGAUGUCAUCAAGGGUUGGCUUCUCCUGGAAAAGGCCAACCUGGACGGCAUGGAACGCAGUCUGAUUCAGAGCGAGGUCAAGAACAAUUUCUCUCUCGCCAACGUUGAAGUCGCCCUUCGGAGCCACUUCACGGAUGAGACAAUCAAGAAGCGAGAUGGAGAAGCCAAACAGGCUCUCUAUGAAAAUGAAGAAGAUGAGACGGAGCCAUGGGAAGAAGACACAAGCUUCUACGAGGACCUCCCCGAGGAUGCCUUAGCCUUGUACCAACAGGCUAAACAUGAAGAACAUGAGGCCUGGGCUCAACUACAGCAAGCGAGGGUGACCCUUCGCGAAGCUCGAGCCAAACAGCAUGAGGUGCGGAUGGGACGUCGCUUCUAUGCGCCAUCCGCGGAUCGUGGCAAGGGCUAUUCCAAGGGGAAGGGCAAAGGAGGCAUGGGGGACCGACGGCCAAACAACACAACGAGUUCAACCAGAACCGGAGGACCGUGUGCUCGCUGUGGAAAAGAUCGUGAUACCUCCCAUUGCCCCAAGAAGAAUGAGGACGGCAAGAACUAUGAGGCCGUUGAACACUCCGAGUAUGUGUACGGGGUCCUACCUGAAAGUGCUUGCGUGAAACCGGAAGCAUUUUGCUGGACCAACCUGGAGGAAGCUUCACCCGACCUGAUUCCGGGUGACCAAGUCUUGCGAGAAGGGUAUGGUGUCCUGGAUGGUGGCGCCACAAAGACGAUGGCCUCCGUGAACGCCAUCGAACAGCUGCAGGACAAAGCCCGGACGAACGAUCGCAUGCCCAUACGUCCCCGCAGCCAUCUGAUUCACGUGUCCAAACCGGUGACCACACUCCCGUUGUCGUUGACGCUUGCUCUCAUGGCAACUACUCAGGAAGCAACCGCGGCUCAGGUGACCAUGUGGCCGGACAAGUCCAUGAAGCCACACUACUUGCUGAGCAAGACGGAAUGCAUCCAGGAACUCGAGGCCAAUGGUCAGAAGCGCAUUGCCUGGACGGAGUUCACACUCCCGGAAUGCCGGAUGCUGGUUCGCGAGUCUCGCGAAGCUCAGGGAAUCAUCAAGCCCAAGGGAGCUCCCAACAAUCUUGUCAAGGAGAUCAACAAUGCGAAACUUGGCGAGCUACGCUCAAUGUGCCAGGCCCGCCAGAUCGAACAUCCGGCCAAGGCCACGGUGGGGGAGCUGCGCUUGAUGCUCAAGUCAUGGUUGAUCCACAGCGGCAACAACGAGACACUGAUCGACUUUGGGAAGUACAAGGGCAUGAGCUUCAUGGAAGUGGCUCAACACGAUCCGGGGUACCUCAACUGGGCUCAGGCCAAGGUGGGCAACUCGGACACGGCGGAUUGGCGGCUUCGCCAACUCGCCAGUUGGGCCGAGAGGAUGGAACACAAUCCUAUCGAGAAGCCUCAGACACCAAUGAAGGACCAGGGGUCCGGAUACCAUGCAGCCCUCACCAACAGCCGACCAACAGUGGCCAUUGCUGCGGGGUCAUCGAGCAAGAAUGUGGAUGCCAAGGCAAGUGCCUCGGCGAUGACCGAACAAGUGAAGGACAUGAUGGAAACCAUGAAGGCCAUGCAAGAGGAGCUCGACGAGCUCAAGGGCAAGAAGCGUCACAAGACGUGCAGCGCGUGUGACGAAAGAAAGAGGCCUGAUCCUCGACGCCUGGCCAAUCUGGAAGUUCACACUGACCGCUGGCGCAGUGUGCAGAUCGACACUGCAUACUGGAAGCAUCCAACCUCUAAGAAGCAAGUCUCAUUCAGCUUGGUCAUGGAUGAGGCAAGUCGCUUCCUGGUUGGCAAAGUCAUGCGGAUGGACGGAGGCAAAGGAGUCAAAGCCUCCGAAUACGCUGAACUCUUUGCAAACCACUGGUUCCCAUAUUUUGGCAUGCCGGAUGUGGUAAGAUCUGAUCCGGAGGGAGCUUUCCGAUCGGAGGAGAUGCUGAACUUCUUCAGUGAACGAGGUAUUCACCUGGACCAUAUCCCAGCCGAAGCACACUGGAACCUUUCCCAUGUGGAGCGCUGCAUUGAGUGGGUGAAAGAAUUCCUCACCAAGACAGCCGGAGAUGCGGAACAGGAUGUCAUACAGUUGAUCCAACAUGCCAUCUACACCUGGAACCAUCGAGAAAUCGUGCGAGGAUAUAGUCCUUUUCAGCAUGCCAUCGGUAGGCAGCCAGACAUCGAAGGUCGAGUCUUUGAUCGACGAACUACCGACCUGCCAAUGGAGAUGAUGCAGUCUCCAGAUGGUGAGAUGGAAGUUGCCUCUCAGUUGCGACAACAGGCAUCCAAAGCAUUCAUCGAUUGGCAAGUGCAGGAGAAACUCACCAGAGCCCGCAAAACUCCUGGAAUCGAGGCAACUAUGUGGGUCCAGCGAGAGUCCUGGCAGUUGAGACACGACAAGAACACGGUCAACUGCGUGCAAGCAGCGUGGUAUGGCUGGUACGAGGCAAUCGCCUUGUGA